GAAAUCGAAAGGCUGGGAGGGCGAGGGGGAAGUGGCUACAAUGAGUCCCCUUCCGGCGCGAGGGACCGGAAGUUGUGGCCCGGCCGUGUCAACUUCGGCUCUGCAGAGUGAGAACCCUGCCGCCACCGCCACCAUGGGCGGGAAGAAUAAGCAGCGGACCAAGGGGAACCUGAGGCCUUCAAACAGCGGCCGAGCUGCAGAACUCCUUGCCAAAGAGCAGGGAACAGUCCCUGGAUUUAUUGGUUUUGGAACAUCUCACAGUGACCUGGGCUAUGUUCCUGCUAUUCAAGGAGCGGAAGACAUAGACAGUCUUGUGGAUUCUGAUUUCCGAAUGGUGCUUCGGAAACUUUCCAAAAAAGAUGUUACGACAAAAUUAAAGGCAAUGCAAGAAUUUGGAACUAUGUGCACAGAGAGAGACACAGAAGCUGUAAAGGGGGUUCUUCCGUACUGGCCAAGAAUCUUCUGCAAAAUCUCCCUUGAUCAUGAUCGUCGGGUUCGAGAAGCGACACAGCAAGCUUUUGAAAAACUUAUCCUUAAAGUAAAGAAGCACUUAGCUCCAUAUUUAAAAAGUGUAAUGGGAUAUUGGCUAAUGGCUCAGUGUGAUACAUAUCCACCAGCUGCACUGGCGGCAAAAGAUGCAUUCGAAGCUGCUUUCCCUCCAAGCAAGCAACCUGAAGCCAUAGCGUUUUGUAAGGAAGAAAUUACAAGUGUACUGCAGGAUCAUCUUCUGAAAGAAACUCCUGAUACACUUAGUGACCCUCAAACAGUUCCAGAGGAAGAGAGAGAGGCUAAAUUCCAUCGAGUUGUAACAUGCUCUCUAUUGGCACUAAAGAGAUUGCUUUGCUUCUUACCUAACAAUGAGCUUGAUUCUCUGGAGGAGAAAUUUAAAUCACUUUUAUCACAGAAUAAGUUUUGGAAGUAUGGAAAACACAGUAUACCUCAGGUCCGCUCAGCGUAUUUUGAGUUAGUUUCUGCUUUGUGCCAGCAUGUGCCCCAGGUGAUGAAAGAGGAAGCUGCCAAAGUGAGCCCAUCUGUCCUGCUCAGCAUUGAUGACAGUGACCCUGUGGUCUGCCCAGCUCUCUGGGAAGCUGUGCUCUACACACUGACAACUGUUGAGGACUGCUGGUUCCAUGUAAAUGCCAAAAAAAGUGUGUUUCCCAAGCUGACGGCCAUGAUCCGUGAGGGUGGCCGGGGCCUAGCUGCUGUUAUAUAUCCUUAUCUUUUACCGUUCAUCAGCAAACUUCCUCAGUGCAUCACAGAGCCGAAGCUGGACUUCUUCAAAAACUUUCUCACCUCUCUAGUUACUGGGCUGUCAACAGAGAGGACCAAAUCGAGCUCUUCUGAGUGCUCAGCUGUCGUGUCAGCAUUUUUUGAAUGCUUACGGUUUAUAAUGCAACAGAACUUAGGCGAGGAGGCGAUGGUGCAGAUGCUUAUCAAUGAGCAGUUGAUCCCAUUUAUUGAUACAGUUCUCAAAGACUCAGGAUUGCAACAUGGGCCACUGUUUAACCAUUUAGCAGACACAUUAAGUUCUUGGGAAGCCAAAGCAGAUGUAGAACAAGAUGCUGAAACUGUUAACAACCUGGAGAAUGUUCUGCUAAAUUUCUGGGAAAGACUGUCAGAGAUCUGCAUUGAGAAAAUCAGUGAGCCAGAAGCAGAUGUGAAGUCUGUUUUGGGUGUGUCUAACCUAGUAGGGGUCCUUCAGAAUCCAAAGAGCUCACUGAAGUCAAACAGAAAGAAAAAUGGUAAGGUCAGGUUUGCCAUCGAUACACCUGAAACUCCUAAGGAGAAUGAGAAAUGUGUGUCUUCAGAAGGAGAGAACAGCGAAGGCUCUGAAGGAGGGACUGAAUCUUCUCUCAGUUAUAAAUCUUCAGACCUAGUAUCUCCUUUAAGGAAAAAACCUCUGGAAGACUUAGUCUGUAAACUGGCAGAGGUGAGCAUUAGCUUUGUCAACGAGCAGAAGUCAGAGCAACACCUGCAGUUUCUCUCUACGCUGCUUGAUUCCUUCUCCUCAGGCCGAGUAUUUAAGAUUCUCCUUAGUGACAAACAGGAGGAUGUUGUCAAAGCCAAACCUCUGGAAAUAACCAAACUUGCAGAAAAAAAUCCUGCAGUUCAGUUCUUAUAUCACAAAUUGAUAGGCUGGCUAAAUGACAGCCAGAAGGAGGACGGAGGCUUCUUGGUGGACAUCUUGUAUAGUGCCCUCCGAUGCUGUGAUAGUGGUGUGGAAAGGAAAGAAGUCUUGGAUGAUCUAACCAAGGAGGACUUGAACUGGAGUUCUCUUCUUCAGGUCAUUGAAAAGGCAUGUUCUAGUUCAGAUAAACAUGCUUUAGUAACUCCUUGGCUAAAAGGCAGUAUUCUUGGAGAAAAAUUGGUUGCCUUGGCAGACUGUCUUUGUGGUAAGGACCUGGAAUCCACAAUAUCUUCCGAAUCUCACUCAUCAGAACAGUGGAGUCUGCUAAGACUGACAUUAUCCCAGCGUGUUAAAAACGAUUACUUGAUUGGAGAAGUAUAUGUUGGAAGAAUUAUUGUUAAACUUCAUGAAACUUUAUCUAAAACAAAGGACUUCUCAGAAGUGGCAAACAGUGACUCUGCAGUGUCUUUUGUCUGUGAUGUGGUCCAUAGCUUCUUCAGCUCAGCAGGAGGCGGCUUGCUAAUGCCACCCUCUGAAGACUUGUUAUUAACUCUCUUUCAGUUAUGCGCUCAGAGCAAAGAACGAACACACUUGCCAGAUUUUCUGAUCUGUAAACUGAAGAAUACUUUGCUUUCUGGCGUAAACUUAUUGGUCCAUCAAACUGCAAGUUCAUAUGAGCAGAGCACCUUCCUACGUUUGUCUGUUCUGUGGCUGAAGGACCAGGUUCAGUCUUCAGCUUUGGAUAACACAAGUCUUCAGGUCCUCUUGUCGGCUGCUGGAGAUUUGCUGAGUGCUCUUGUAGAGAGUGAGAACACCUCUCUUCUUGGAGUUUAUAUUGGAAGUGUAAUGCCCAGUGACAGUGAGUGGGAAAAGAUGAGGCAGGCUCUUCCUGUUCAGUGGCUACACAGACCUCUUUUAGAGGGAAGGCUGAGUUUAAAUUAUGAAUGCUUCAAGACCGACUUUAAGGAACAAGAUGCAAAGACUCUUCCCAACCAUUUGUGUACUUCAUCAUUAUUGAGCAAAAUGAUCUUAACUGCACGGACAAAGAAAAUAGCCCUAGGAAACAAUGUCCUUGAGAAAAUAAUUGCAGAGCUGCUGUAUUCACUGCAGUGGUGUGAAGAGCUCGACAAUCCGCCAUCGUUUCUAAGUGGAUUUUGUGGAAUGCUUCAAAAAAUGAAUAUAACUUACAGCAACUUAUCUGUACUUGGUGAUACUUCCAGCCUCUUGCAGCUGUUAUUUGACAGAUCUAGAAAAAAUGGCACACUUUGGUCUCUUAUUAUUGCUAAGUUGAUCCUUUCCCGAAGUAUUUCAUCUGAUGAAGUAAAACCAUAUUAUAAAAGAAAAGAAAGUUUCUUCCCUCUAACAGAAGGUAAUUUGCAUACCAUUCAAAGUCUCUGUCCGUUUUUGUCUAAAGAAGAAAAGAAGGAAUUUAGUGCUCAAUGUAUACCUGCUUUUUUGGGUUGGACUAAAGAAGACCUUUGCAGUAUUAAUGGAGCUUUUGGACAUCUUGCCAUUUUCAAUUCUUGCCUGCAAACCAGAAGUGUAGAUGACAAACAGCUAUUGCAUGGUAUAUUAAAAAUUAUAACAAGCUGGAGGAAACAGCAUGAGGAUAUUUUUCUUUUCAGUUGUAACCUAUCGGAAGCAAGUCCAGAGGUCCUUGGUUUAAAUAUAGAAAUCAUGCGGUUCCUUUCCUUAUUUCUGAAGUACUGCUCGUACCCGCUGGCAGAGAGUGAAUGGGAUUUCAUCAUGUGUUCCAUGUUGGCUUGGUUGGAGACAACCAGUGAGAACCAGGCAUUGUAUUCUGUUCCACUUGUGCAGCUGUUUGCCUGUGUCAGCUUUGAUUUGGCCUGUGAUCUCAGUGCCUUUUUUGAUUCAGUAACUCCAGAUACUGUUGACAAUCUUCCUGUAAAUCUAAUCAGUGAGUGGAAAGAAUUUUUUUCUAAAGGCAUCCACAGUUUGCUAUUACCUCUUUUGGUAAAUGCUAUAGGAGAAAACAAAGACCUAUCUGAAACAUCCUUUCAGAAUGCAAUGCUGAAACCCAUGUGUGAAACACUAACAUACAUCUCCAAGGACCAGCUGCUGAGUCACAAGCUCCCUGCGAGAUUGGUUGGCAGCCAGAAAACAAACUUGCCAGAGCACCUGCAGACUCUGCUAAAUACUUUGACCCCACUGCUCCUCUUCAGAGCCAGACCUGUGCAAAUUGCUGCUUACCACAUGCUCUACAAACUGAUGCCUGAAUUGCCGCAGCAUGAUCAGGAUAAUCUGAGGUCAUAUGGAGAUGAAGAGGAAGAACCAGCCUUGUCGCCGCCGACCGCGCUGAUGUCUCUUCUCAGCACGCAGGAGGAGUUGCUGGAGAAUGUCUUGGGCUGUGUUCCUGUGGGGCAGAUAGUUACCAUUAAGCCGCUGAGUGAGGACUUCUGCUACGUUCUGGGAUACCUCCUUACUUGGAAGUUAAUCCUUACUUUCUUCAAAGCUGCUUCGUCUCAGCUUCGUGCUCUGUAUUCAAUGUACCUUCGGAAAACAAAGAGUCUGAACAAAUUGCUCUAUCAUCUCUUCAGACUAAUGCCAGAAAACCCUACUUAUGGAGAGACAGCUAUUGAGGUAUCAAAUAAAGACCCCAAAACCUUCUUCACCGAGGAGGUUCAGCUGAGUAUUAGAGAAACAGCAACUCUUCCAUAUCAUAUCCCACACCUGGCAUGCUCGGUCUAUCAUAUGACUUUAAAAGACUUGCCUGCCAUGGUUAGGCUAUGGUGGAAUAGCAGUGAGAAGCGUGUCUUCAAUAUUGUAGAUAGAUUUACGAGCAAGUAUGUCAGCAGUGUUCUUUCUUUUCAAGAAAUAUCUUCUGUGCAAACAAGUACACAGCUAUUCAAUGGCAUGACGGUUAAGGCGCGAGCUACUACUCGAGAAGUGAUGGCUACUUACACCAUCGAAGACAUUGUCAUUGAACUCAUAAUACAGUUGCCUUCCAAUUACCCACUGGGCUCAAUAACAGUGGAAAGUGGGAAGAGAAUCGGGGUGGCUGUGCAGCAGUGGCGGAACUGGAUGCUGCAGCUGAGCACGUACCUCACCCACCAGAAUGGAAGUAUCAUGGAAGGCUUAGCAUUGUGGAAGAAUAAUGUAGACAAACGGUUUGAGGGUGUUGAAGACUGUAUGAUCUGCUUCUCAGUUAUUCAUGGUUUCAACUAUUCUCUUCCCAAAAAAGCCUGUCGGACAUGCAAGAAAAAGUUCCACUCAGCUUGCUUGUACAAAUGGUUUACAUCUAGCAACAAGUCUACUUGUCCGCUCUGUCGUGAGACCUUUUUCUGAGGAUUUUUUCAUUGGAAGUUGUCCUUGCAGUAGGUCAAGCCAGAGGGAAUGGAUUUGGCUCCAUCUUGAAGUACUGACCUGAAGCCAGUGAGCAUGACAGAAAUGCCAUCUCUUGUCAGCGUGAUCCUCAAAUCAGGCUCACCUCUCUGUAGAUUGCUUUGUAAAUCUUCGGAAACUUUUUUCUUUUACAAGAGAAUAUUACAUAUUUGAGAGAAAAUAUUUAUAUUAAUGGCAUAAUUUCUUUGUAUAUUUAAAAUGAAAAUAAAUAUAUCUCUUCUCAAAAAUAUUCUAAAUUAUAGAACUGAAAUUUGUGAAAGCAUAAACUAUAUUAUAAACCCGUUCAGUUUGUUGGUCUGUGGUGUAGAACAGUCCAAGUAUAAGGCAGAUGAACCGAGAGCUGAUUUACGUCUGUAGGUAAAACUAAGACCUGUUUGUUAGUAAUGACAAACAAUAAUUAAAAUUACUCUGAUUUUUCAGUUUGUUUUAAUGAUAAAGUGACACUGAGCUAUUUUCAUCCUUAUCCAGAGCUGUUUGAAGCAUACUCUGAAAUUUCACAUGAAGAAGGAACUGAGUGAACUUAAGGGGCUCUGUCGAGAAUUGUGAAAUUUAUAACUUACAUCCUUGACACUAAUCUUUUGCUUGUGAAAGAAUUAUUUCCAUGUUAAUGAGAUUUGAAUUGUUAAUGUGUUGGUUGAAUCUGUUACUCAGUUUAGUCUACAGAGAGUGGAAAUCUGAAGUAAGGAGUUAUUUAAUAAUUUUGUGAAGUAAAAUGGUAGCAGUCUAUCAAGAAAGGAAUUAAUAAUACUAAAAUAUAAUCAUGUUUAGAGAAAACUAUUUAAAAAUCUUGUAGGAGACUGUAAAUUUUGUAAGCAAGGUUUGCUAUCCUUAUUAGCCAUAGUUACACCAAAUCAGGAAUUGGCAGAGCUAAUUAGGAAUGAAAGAUAUAAUACUAAGUAAAAAUUUUUUUGUUUUGUUUUUUUUUGUUUUGUUUUGAGAUAGGAUUUCACUAUAUAGCUCUGGGCUGGGCAGGAACUCACCCUGUAGACCAGACAAGCCUGGAACUCAAGAGAUCUCCCUGUCUCUGCUUCCCAAGUGCUGGGGUUAAAGUGCACCACCAAGCCUGGUGAAAUUACGUCUUAAUGGAUAGAAGUGUAUAAACACGUAAAAUCUGCCUUUGGUUACAGUACCCUUGCCUUUAAAAACUGUAUUCACAGUAUAAAGUGUGGAAGUUUGGAUCACAGUCUUCCAUUUCAUAUCUAGUAGUUAGGAUACAUAAAAGUUCAGCUCACCAUCUGUGUCUCAAAUGUUUAAUUAGAAGGGUGCAACUCAUGUCAAAUAAAAUUACUGCUUACCAUCAACUAGUCAAAAUGACUGUUAUUGAAAUAGUAUGAAACUGGUCAGGAUUACAGUCCAAAGUGAGAACUAUAUGUGGGUUACAAGUGCAGUAUCAGUUUGUCUGUCUUCUGUUUUUUUUCUGUGUAGUAUUUAUUAUCUUGCAGUCUUGAGGUUCAGAGAUGGAGUGAAGUGUAGAUAGCAAGAGAUAGCAAGACUCUACUACCUCUUAAUCCCUUACAACACUCUCUUACCUUUCUAUGUCUGCCUCUGACACAGUAGUCACAAGGAUUGUGUGAUGCCUCUGUGAAAAUUACUCUUUUCCUUUUAAAGUGGUUUUACAAUAAAAUUUUGUUCAUAACCUU